AUGGAACAGCCAAUGAGCCCAGAAGCACUCUGCGAUCGACUGAAUAUACUCCUCUCGAGCUUGCCGAUAACCGAAGUCGAGAUCUUCAAAACCCCAUCGACUAUCACCACCCCGAACCCACACCAUCCAUUCCUGGUCUAUGGAAACCAUCAACUGGCUAUACCACAGAAGACACUAGCCAUCAUCUACGCAUCCGUCUCGCAACGCUUCCAUAGGAUCUGCGAGAACAAUCCAACGACUGGCCAACAGGACCCAGAUGAAGUCUUCCAACUCACCCGGCUCCUGUUGAUCCAGAACCCAGACCAUCUGACCGCCCUCUCGACUCGCAGGAAACUGAUCGAUCAUCAUCUUCCUCGUCAUCCUGAUCAACUCGCCAAGGAACUCGAGCUUACCAAACUCUUGCUCUCCAUCGCUUCCCACUCCAAAUCUACCGCACUAUGGUUCCAUCGACGAUGGGCCUUCCACCACCUCUUCCCUCCCUCCACUCUCACUCAACCAUCAACAAGGUCUGAUGAAGACAAAUUCUCGUCGAAGAUUUAUAGACCUCUAGCUGAUCUGCCUCCGCAAGUCCUGAAAGAGGAGCUCGAAUUCAGCCUCAAGACAUGUGAGCUCUAUCCACGGAACUACUACGGCUGGUUCCAUCGCAAAUGGUUAUUCUACCAACUCGUCCACUCGGCCGAUCGAUCGUCGUCAAUGAGGGAAGAGGAAAUCGAGGCCGAACGGGUCCGGAUCCUAGACUUCAUUCGACUCCAUCCACGCGACCACUCCGCCGCCAACUACGUCACCUUCCUGCUCUCCUGCGCCCCGCUUCCCUCCGUCCCGUCGGUACCCCAUCCAAACCAGCAGCCUGAGCCCUUCGACUCAGUGAGUCCGUUCAUCCGCGACUGCUAUGCCGCCUUCGCUCAGUACCCUCACUUCGAAUCCUCCUGGUCAUUCCUCAAGUUCCUCGCCCUCUCGAACACGCUUUCCCUCACCCAAUCCUUGACUCUCAUCCAGUCCACUCCGAUCGUACUCAAUCUCCGCAACGCUAUCCUUGCUGCCCCUGCCAUCCCGGCUCCCUCCUCGCCCACACCCUCUCGUCAUCCCGAACACGUCCUCUCCUCGUCUAAAAUCACUCUGGCUGACCUCCAUGCAGAUACGCUUCGUCACUCCCAAACUCUGUGUCUCCGGACUCUCUACUUCUUAGGCUCUCAUUUCAAAUGGAUCCAAUGGACAGACGAGAUGGCUCUCUUUCUCCUCAAAUUAACCACCCACCAUCAUCCUUCCUCUUCUUCGUCAUGUUUCAUUAACAGCAUAUUUACCUCUGAUUCCGAUUCGAUCCAUUUUCUUGACUCUUUAAAAAUACUCAUCAAUCGCUUUCUUCCUUGA